AUGCGCUACGCUGUCCCAAAGUCCGAGUCUACUGUUGAGCCUCCUAGGCGCCAGACCCGUUCCAUGACCAAGCAGCAGAAGGCCAACGCCAACGUCAACGUCAAUGCACCGGUUUCCCCACCACCAAAGCCAGUUAAAGGCAAGGUGAAGGCGAAAGCCGCUCCCAAGCGCGCGUCCCAGCCCCGACGGGAAGCAAAACUCAAGUCGGCUAGCCUUGCGGCAAAGCGCCUACAAAAGAAGAAGAAACGGGCCGCUGGGCACUCUUUCUGUUACGUUGGUAAUGCAGGCAUCACGGAGACGCGUCUCGAGGCAUACUUUAUCGAAUACGGCCCCAUCUUCAGAAUCCAAAUACGGUGUAGCGGAGGUCAAGCUGUUAGCAUCGGAACCUCGAUCCCCGGUGAAGCCAAAGGCCGCAGAGACCGUCAGUAUGCUUCAAUCGAAUUCAACGAUACCAAUGCUGCCCGAAAAGCUUUACAAAGAAACGGCUUUGUACUAGACGGAAUACCACUUGUGGUUUCUUUGUCUGCUGGCGACCUUCCAGAGGUCCAGGACAUUGUCAAGUGUCGCCCGUCAUGGGGAGGAAGGGAAUCCCCUAGUUACUGGUCACACACCAGAUUCUCAGAGGGUGACUGUACAACAGCGGCUGCCCCAGGAGCCGACGGAGCUGCUGGUCGGCCAUGCCCUUCUCAGCAAAGCCACGAGACCCCAAACGAACCAAUCCCCGUAGGUCAGCCUACCCAACUCUCUCCCACAUUCCGCCAGGUCGACGCUAGCAAACCAUACCCCGUUGUCGAGGCCAGAAACGUUCGAGACGGCAGUAUGUUCGGCGUCAUGGGCACACUUCCAGAGGACGAAGACGUUUCCAGUUUCUCAGCGCCAGAGGCAAAACCAGGCGGUCUACAGUCACAAGCGUCGUUCAGCUCACCGUCACAAGAACCCCACAACCAAUCGCCUCCAGUAACCAUUGCAAGCGGGCCAUCAAUCUGGGGUACCGGGUCGUUCAAAUCAACGUCACCUGUGUCUUCGCUCGAUUCUGCCAGUCAAAUCCUGUCCAAUUUCGACGGACAAUCCUUGGAGGCGCAGUUAAAAGCGUCGCCCUUUCUCACUGAUCUGCUGGAACGCCUGGUUCGCUGUGAAGCAUCGACUCGUCAAAUUCAAUCAGAUCUCAGCACAGUCCACCGCAAGGUCAAUUUGCUUGUCGAGCGUGCACUAGCCGGAGCUGCCGUACAACCUCAACCCGAGUUCCAAGAUCCAUUCUCCACGAAUCCCAUUCCGCCCGUUACGAAUGGUCGAGCCUCGUUGGUACCGCAAGCACCUUUGGCCCAUCGCCCGUCCAUCGGGGCCAUUGCUCCCAAUCAAUUGCCACCAGUCGAUGAGAUGACGCAGAUUACCAACCAGCUGAAUGCGUUGACGACCUCAGUUAGCCACCUUCUCGCAUUGCAAACCGGUUCAGUGCCGUACAAGGGCUUUGAGUCCGGUCGAAAUUCCAGGAACUCAACUCCGGGUUUGAACAUGCCUGCGGAAAUUCCUCCCCACCAGGUUCUUUCCCAAUCAGCCUCCGGCUCUACGUUCCUUGGACAUGGUUUACCGAACAAUCGCCCCGACUUGCGCCCUUCGCCGCGACAGCCGAAUCCGCCGAUGAGAACUUGGUCGGCCGGGACAUUGGACCUGCCGAUUCGAAACUCGGAACCCAGUGUUGCUAGACCUGAAUUGGGUGGCAAGCGACGCUCUGUCGUUGGCCUUCGUCGAGAUUCCUCCGGGGUCCUUGAUGGGGAGCGCGACGGGCCUGGCGUCACCAAAUGGGAACAACUACCAUUGGCACCAGACCUUCUGCGCUCUUUGACAAAAUACGGGAUCGGGCCUCCCAACAAGAUCCAGCAGCGCGCGCUGCCAUUCCUACUCCGAGGUUCUGAUAUCAUUGCACAAGCACCGCCUACCCAAGAGCGUAUCGCAGCCUACGUUAUCCCUGCCAUUCAGGUUGCUGUUACCCAUCUCCAUGUUCAGAAUCGCGGCCCCUUUGUCAUCAUGGUUUCUACGACGGUUGACCAGGCCACUCAGGCUCAACGUAUGAUUCGCGAUAUCGGCGGCCCCAUUGGCGUUAGAUCAGCUCUCGGGGUUGGAACAACUAACGCUACCACAGACCUUACCCAGGAAUGCCGACUUCUUCAGCAAAACAUGCCUCAUAUUAUCUGCGGUACCCCUCAAAAACUCCACGCUCUUUUCACCACGCCUGGUGGUUUGCAGGGUUCUGAUGUCCGAUUCCUUGUCCUGGAUGAAGUCGACCAAUUGAUCGCCCGCAAUCUCCAUGAAUUUGUGUUCAACAUCGUCAAGCUCUUACCUUCCCCGCGUUCCCGCCCUCCCGGACUCACAUCUGGCGCUGCAACGCCCACGAAUGGCAGCACGCUUACUCAACCGGGCUUUACUUCCCCGUUCGAAGCUCAACUCAACGGUCGUCGCCCCUCAUUUGUUCCUUCUCCAGCUCCUGCCGAAGUCGGCCCGAUCGAAAGACAGACUGCUCUUUUCUCAAACACUGUUCCCCAGGACGUCUUGAAUCUUGCCGCGGCGAUCAAUCUUCGAGAGCCGGUCCGCGUACUUGUACGCAGAGAUGGUAACGUGAGCAGCACCGAGCCUACCCAAGGUUCCCGUGGACUGCGUCAGUUCUACCUUUACCUUGCCUUCACGGCAAGCGGCCGCUCGGACACCACGGGCACUACCAGUAGCGGAGGGUUGGGUAUCAUCGGAUCUGGAAGAGGAGCUACAAAUGCGGAGACUGUUCAAGCCCGUGAAUGGAAACUCGACGCUCUAGGCGAUCUCUUUGAAGACAUGGAUAUAAGCCAGGCGAUUGUACACGUCGGUGGUAUGGCGUCACUCGAUUCUGUCGUUUACAAACUGGCAAGUCGCGGAUUCGAAGCAAUCCCACUGCAUGGCGAAAUGAAUGCAGGGACCAAGCUCGCUGCAUUGAACAAGUUCAGACUUGCAACAUCGAUGAUAGUUUCCCGACCUGUCAUUAAAAUUCUUGUUGUUUACGAUGUUCAAGUGAAGAUUCCUGAAGUACCCCAUGUUCCUCUGGUGAUCAAUUAUGAUCUGCCCAAGGCAGUUGAAGAGUACGCCCAUCGCGUGGUGCCUGCCAUAUCCCCGAAUCACGCCCGUGCCGGGGUUGUCGUUAAUUUUGUAACCGCCACCGGUGGGGACGUUGAGAUGCUCCGAUCCAUAGAAUGUCAUUACAAAAUCAAAUGCCCCGAAGUACCCAUGAACCUUCGUGAAAUUCUCUAAUCAUUCCGCAAACAAGCCGCACCCUUGUUGUAUCAUAAUGUCCUUUUUCUUGUUGUCACUUUUCUUUCUUUUCGCCAGUCAGAUCUGUGCCGUAUACCCUCUAUAAGGCGUUGUAGUACCACAUCUAUCGACCGUGUUUCAGUACUAUGUCCUUCUCAGUCUGCUAAACACCUUUUGCUGUAGUUUUGAACUUUCCCUUCUCUGUUCAUGCUUGAAUUUGUCUCGUCCGACUCAACUGUAUUAACAAGUGUUUUUCAGUUACGUUUAGUACCAGUGGAACUAUUCAGCCCUUCUGUAUUAAAAUUGUACGAUUCUCAAUGUACCAUCUUCGCUGCA